CAUACUCAUACUCAAACAACCACUCACAUCCGAACUCGAACUGGCAAAGCCACGGCCAUGUCUUCGAGCACAGCAGAUUUGAACUUGCCUUCAUUCGUACUCCCUUGCACCGACCCAGAAGUCCGGGUCAGAUUCCCGCGGUGUCUCGACGCCGACCAAAUCCUCCAAUUUCCCGCCUUUAAAAUCUGGCUCAGGACUCUCAACGUCUCCUUGUCCUCGCAGACGAGAAACCCAAACCACCCCUUCAAGGAUCACCCUUAUGUUUUGAGGUCAAUCGAGGUUCAGUCUGCAGAUUUCUUCUCGUCUCGACGUCGUCUGGGAUUUCUCAAACUCCAAGCGACCAUCACGAAUGAUUUUAAUCAACAUCUCCCCGGGUCGGUUUUCAUGCGUGGAGGGUCGGUGGCGAUGUUGAUCAUUCUGACACCGACCGACACGGACGACACCUCCUCAAACAACGACGACGCCGCUGCCGGGGAGAAGAACAGUGGUGCUCAUUCUGGUGGAACGAGACUUUCGACAGAAGAAUACGUAAUUUUGACCAUUCAACCACGCAUAGCCAUAGGGAGUUUGUCUUUCAUUGAACUUCCUGCCGGUAUGAUCGAUGAUUCCGGUACCUUUUCAGGUGCAGCUGCCAAAGAGAUCGUGGAGGAAACCGGUCUCGGAAUCUCAACGGACGAUCUUGUGGACAUGACUCAACUUGCCAUUUCUAGCAACAAUAACAACCCCAGCACAAACUACACCACAGGCAAAUGCAAAGGCAAAACCACCACAAACGGCCAGCAAAGAGACUACUCCGAAGAAAGUGACAACGACAACAAUCACCUUCAAGAGGCAAUCUACCCUUCCCCGGGGGCCUGCGACGAGUUCAUCCCGAUAUUCCUAGCUCGACGAAGUAUGCCACGUGAUGAGAUCGAAUCAUUACGAGGUAAACUUACCGGGUUGCGUGACCAGGGAGAAAAAAUCACUUUAAAAGUCGUCCCCCUUUCCGAAGUUUGGAAGGUAGCAGCGAGGGACGGCAAGACUUUGGCCGCCAUGGCAUUGUAUCAAGGAUUGAAAGCUGAAGGGAUGAUAUGAGUGAUUCAUGUGAUCAAAAAGCCACAAAUGAGAGAACCCUUUUUUGCCUUUUCUUUUCGUUAAGGGGGGCGAACCAUGGGGAACCUUUUUUUUCAAGUUA